UAAUCAUACGGAACUUAAUGAAACUAAUAUGUUUUGCGUUUUACGUCUAGCAUGACAAGUUCAUCGAGACUACCUAAACAUACUUGGACUAAAGAGGAAGAGGCAGGCCUCGUGGAGUGCCUCGUGGAGUUGGUCAAUGUUGGUGGGUGGAGGUUCGACAAUGGGACCUUUCGUCCCGGGUACUUAAAUCAGCUGGCGAGAAUGAUGGCGUUCAAGAUCCCAGGUUCUAAUAUCCAUGCUUCAACCAUCGAUAGUCGAAUCAAAUUGAUGAAGAGAAUGUUUCACGCACUUGCGGAGAUGCGUGGCCCAAACUGUAGUGGUUUUGGGUGGAAUGAUGAAAAAAAAUGCAUCGUCGCUGAGAAAGAAGUCUUUGACGAUUGGGUAAAGAGUCAUCCGGCGGCGAAAGGCCUCCUUAAUAAGUCGUUUGUCCACUAUGACGAACUGUCGUACGUGUUUGGCAAAGAUCGUGCAACAGGAGGUCGGGCUGAGAGUUUUGCGGACAUUGGGUCAAACGAUCCUCCUGGGUAUGACGCAUUUGCUGCUGAUGCUAUGCCAGAUACGGACUUUCAGCCAAUGUACAGUCCGGGAUUGAACAUGUCGCCUGAUGAUUUGAUGGAAACAAGAACCGCUAGGGUCAGUGAACGUAGAAAUGUUUCAAGCGGGUCUAAGCGGAAACGUCCAGGACAUGCCACAGAUAGUGGGGACAUAGUUCGUACUGCCAUUGAGUAUGGAAAUGAACAACUUCAUCGCAUUGCUGAAUGGCCUAUCCUACAACGUCAAGAUGCUACCCAAACACGUCAAGAGAUUGUUCGACAUUUGGAGGCCAUCCCUGAGCUCACAUUGAUGGAUAGGUGUCGCUUAAUGCGUAUACUUAUGCGUAACGUCGAUGACAUGAAAGCUUUCCUUGAAGUUCCCGACAAUAUGAAGUACCCGUACUGCAGCAUCAUUCUUCAAGAAAACCGAUGACUAGUUAGUUUGUUUUAUUUGUAUUAAUGAAACUUUUCUUACUUGGACUAUAUGUUAUUCUUCUAACUUGUUAUGUCUUAUUAUAUAACGAACUUUAAAUUCUGUUGAAGUUAAUUAGUUUGUAUUUUCGUUUCGCUUUAAAAUGUAAUGGUAUGAAUUGUUGUAUUAUCCUAUUAA